UCCUCCGGCUGCUCAAGUGAGCUCCGCUCCAUUUUUCUCCUCCUCUCGUUUUUGCGUUUAGGUCCCUGGGGAAGCAGGGAUUCCCGGCGCCGGUCCCUCUCCCCGGCUCUCCCGCCUCGCCGCUCCGAUCGAGGCUGCAGCAUCAGUUGCAUUAAUGGGAAAUCAAUGCCAAAAUGGAACCUAUGGGAGCAAUUACAACAACUACAACCACUUUCAGAAGGGGCCUUUGGCUUCUAGGUACUAUGAUGGGGACGAUUCUGAGGAUUGCUGCUCAGGGCCAUCUAGAUCGAGUGUAGCAGAUCUUAUGCGGCAAGGACUGAGACGAACCUUAACAUCCAUCUCUGUCCUUGGUCGAAAGACUCCUAAUGUAACAGAGCAUUAUACUCUGGGCCGGCAGCUUGGAGAGGGUCUCACUGGGACAACCUACCUCUGCACUGAGAUCAGCACUGGUUGUCAGUAUGCAUGCAAGUCCAUCUUGAAGGCAAAGUUCCGGAACAUGCAAGAUAUUGAAGAUGUGCGUCGUGAGAUCCAGAUAAUGCACUACCUUUCAGGCCAAAAGCAUACAGUCACCAUCAAGGAUGUGUAUGAGGAUGAGGAGGCCGUGCACAUUGUCAUGGAGCUCUGUGAAGGUGGUGAGCUAUAUGACCGGAUUAAGAAGGAGAAUUACAGUGAGCAGAAGGCUGCAGAUCUUAUCAGAAUUAUUGUUGGCAUCAUAGAGAACUUCCAUUCACUUGGUGUGAUGCACCGGGAUCUCAAGCCAGAAAACUUCCUCUUACAGGAUAAAGACAAUGAUUUGUCAAUAAAAGUAAUUGACUUUGGUCUCUCUGUGUUCUUCAAACCAGGUGAGGUUUUCACUGAAACAGUUGGAAGCCCGUAUUAUAUUGCUCCAGAGGUAUUGCAGAAGCAUUAUGGACCGGAGGCUGAUGUAUGGACAGCUGGAGUGAUACUCUAUGUAUUGCUAAGUGGCGUGCCACCUUUUUGGGCAGAUACACAUGAAGGAGUACUUGACAAAGUGUGGGAUGGGCAUUUUGAUUUUGAAUCAGACCAGUGGCACAGGAUUUCGGACAGUGCAAAGGAUCUUAUAAGAAAAAUGCUCUGCCCUUGUCCAUCGGAGAGAUUGAAAGCCCAUGAAGUUCUAAAGCAUCCCUGGAUAUGUGAUAAUGGAGCGGCUACUCAUCAAACUCUAGAUCCAACUAUUCUUUCUCACAUCGACAAGUUAUAUGCAGAGAAUAGAUCAAAGAAAUUGGUUCUACAGGUUAUUGCUAAGCAUCUUUCAGAAGAGGAGAUUGCUAGGUUAAGAGGAAUGUUCAAGGCAAUGGACAAUGGAAACAGUGGUGCAAUUACUUUGGCUGAGCUUAAAGAAGGGUUGAGGAAAUCUGGUUCAGUGUUUAGAAAUAUUGGGAUUAGUGAUAUCAUGGAAGCGGAUGAUUAUGACAACAACAUCAAUAUCAAUUGGGAAGAGUUUAUUGCUGCAACAGUGCCCCUAAGUAAAACAGAGCACAAAGAACAUUUGAUGGAAGACUUUACAUAUUUCGACAAAGAUGGAAGUGGUUAUAUCACUGUUAACGAGCCUCAAAAGGCUUCCAUGGAACAAAAGUUGGAAGAUACUUUCCUUGAGGACCUCAUUUAUGAGGUUGAUCAAAACAAUGAUGGCCGGGCCAACUAUGGUGAGUUCGUCACAAUGAUGCAAAGCGAUAACUCUGGACUUGGGUGGCAAACAAUAGAAAGCAGCAUGAAUGUACCCCUGAGGGAGGCACCUGAAGUUUACUGAUGUCUCUGUCGGUGCAAAGAUACUGUUCUCUUUGUCUCCUUGUGUGGUUUGGUUCCUCACAAGUCACAACCAUCUGGCAUUUUGGCAAAGCUUGUGAAUCGAGGAGAAGAGAAUGUAGUCGAAAGCUAGUAGAAGGCUGGCUACCUUAUAGCAUGCAGGUAGUAUAUGUGUGUUGUAUGAUCUAUAAGAACAAACAAAGCCGUGUGGUCAUCAGAUAUGUAUCAGUAACUGGUUUGUUGGUUGGUUGCUACCGGCCCUGCAGUCUAAUAUAUAGGAGUAAUAGAUUAAAUAAAAGUAGAAGAAAUUGAUCUGUCUGCUU